CCACCAUUAUCAAUUCAUGGAAUAUAAAGAAGCUUUCAACAGUUGAAAUCUUAAAUUCCAAAACACCUCCCACCAAACACUUCCCCAAAAAAGCAGCACGAUAUUUUAGACUCUCUUUUUUUUCUUCUUUUAAAAAAAAAUAAAAUAAAAUUAACAGCCAACCAGGCCAGCCAGCGAUUAGAUUACCCACUGCAAAGAAUAGCCCACACCCACCAACUUCCCCCUCCCUAUUUCCAGGCCUUGAUUGAUAAAAAUUUUCAAUUUUUUUUUAAUUUUUUCUGGGUUUCAAUUUUGCCCAUUUCUUCUGCUUGUUGUUGUGAAUUUUCUUUUUUUUUUUCUUUUUUUGGGUUUUAUAAAUCAAAUCCAAAAUGGGUUCUUCCUCUUCUUCACUUCUUCUGUUCUUCUAUAUCACAGCCCUUUAUUCAUUACGCUGCGUUUUGGGUUCUUCUAUUUGCUCUCAUGAAGCUGAUGUGUUCAUUAAAAGUCUUCACUUUCAAUGCUCUCCCUCGAUCUCUCCAAUUCCCCCUCUCAAGGUGAAUGGAAACUUCCUGGACAGAGCUUUGGCUUCCAAACAGAGGAAUGGUUACACUGCUGUUCUCUUUUAUGCUUCCUGGUGCCCUUUUUCAUGCAGUUUGCACCCAAAAUUUGACAUUCUAAGUUUUAUGUUUCCUCAAUUUGAGCAUCUGAUGGUUGAACAAUCUUCAGCUUGGCCAAGUUUAUUUUCAAGGUAUGGAAUUCAUAGCUUGCCAUCAAUUUUAGUUGUGAACCAGACGUCAAGUGUGCGAUAUCGUGGUCCGAAAGAUCUCCCGUCAAUCAUGCAAUUUUAUGAAAAAAUAACAGGAUUUGAACCAGUUCAAAAUGUUGCUGAAAACAAGCAGGUUGUAUCAGGGAACUACAAUAGAUAUAUAAUAGAGUCAAGGAAUGAGUCAUCCCUAAUGGACAUAGUAAAGCGGGAGCCGUACUUAGCAUUUGCGGUGCUGUUUCUCUGUUUGAGAGUACUUUUAUCCAUAUUCCCAGAAGUUUUAUCUCGUCUGAAAGCUUUCUGGGUUUCAUAUGCUCCGCACUUGAACUUGGAAAUAUUUGGUGAGACAAGUCAAUUGUUUGUACGAGCCCUUCACAUGGUCGAUGUGAGGAGAGUUUGGACCAAACUGAGGCUAUGCAAGACCAGGAAUUUUCAUCAAGGUGCAAAGAGUGCCCAUGUUUGGGCUUCUUCGCUGGCUUCUGUCUCUUUGGGCGAAUCUUCUGGUCGAUCAUCAUCCUCAUCCUAGGUUGGAGGUUACAGAACUGAGCUAAAGCAUAGAAAAGAGCUUAUCAACCAGACAGUGUAUUACAAACCGCUGUGAUGCUUUGGGACAUGUAGUCCCCUCUCUCUCCGUGCUCUCUCAUGCUAAAUUCUAUUGAUAGCCUGAUAGCUAAAGCUGUUGACCGUGUUUGAGUUGGGGUUUUUUUUUGGAGGAAACCAACUAGCAUGUAAAUCUGAGAACAGUUGCGUUUGUGUAUAUUACUUGUUAUUUGGAGGAACAUCUCUACUUCACACAUCAUUGGAAUGUAAGCUUACUCAACUACUGCUCUC